ACUCAGAGACCCGCCUGCCUCUGCCUCCUGCGUGCUGGGACAAAAGGCUCUCAGAUAAUUCUUGCUGGAUUGUAUACUAUUAUUGUUGUUGCUACUAAACUCAUCUUUUCAUCAAGGACUUUGAGUAUCACACUCCCUGGUAACCUUGUGCUCCCCAAAUCUUGGAUUCUCAGUACCAUCUCCUGAUGUCUAGUAUUGAGUAAACAUUACAUUUCAAAACUUGUCAGAAUAGUGCCUAAGCACAGCCUGAGUCAGAAUGUGUGUGAUGGGUGUUACCAGGCAGCCUUAAUCCUCUCAAAAAUGCUUCAAAGGAAAAAAAGGGAGAACGCCCCUUCCCUGCCUGAGUAAUGGGUGUCUCAGCCUUGGCUCCUCUUCUGGCCACAUUCUAACUGCUUGCUCCUUCCAGCAUUACCCAUGUAUUUUCUAAGUGCUUCCUUUUCUUGGAACAUGGAUAAUAAAACCUCCCCAAGUCCAUUUCCCACACUCCUUGUUUUCUCCCAGUACACCUGUUCCUAAGUGGUUCAUAUGUAUGCUAAUCGUCUCCCAUCUCUUCAGCUAGAGUAUCCGUUGCCUAUCAGUCCCACGCGCCUCUCCUGCAAUGCUUCUUCAUUUCCCAGAUUUACUUAUUCAUAUCUGAUGGGAACAUCAUUAUCUACUCGAGCCUUCAAUCUUAAUGACUAAGUUCUCACUGGAAUUGAUUUACCAGCUUUGGACCAAGAAGCUUGGGCUGUCAGUGUCCAUCUGGACACGAUUAUUGGUUCCAUUAUAGCGUCUCUCAACUCUCCAGCCGCCUUCCAGCAAUCCCCUCAGAGGUCUGCGCGCAUCCUAAGUGCUGCUGACUUGCCAGUGCUAUGCUGUAUAAAUAGGAAAGUUCUUGUCCUUGAGUUUGCAUAUGAUCAGUCUCAUUCCUUCACUCGAUUACUAAUAAUACAAAGUGCAGGAAAAGCAUUAGGGAAAAUACAGGCUAUGCAUAGCAGUCAGUAUAGUGUGUGUCAUUUUCCCAGGCGUCACUGACAACUGGACGCAUUUCUACAAGCAGCCACAUUCCAACCUCCCUUGCCAAAGUUCCUUUUGGCCUUGUGUUUUGAGUGAACUGGUCGCAGUCUCUCUUGCCUUCCUAUGCUAGUCAUAUAUUUGGAUAGCACAUUACAAGUUCAAGGCCCUUUACAUAUUAUGAUCUCUGUUUGAUUUCUAAAACAUUUCCUGUUACUAUGGUCAUCUCACCGGAACAUUAAAUGGAUGAAUGACUCACCCUCUUUUUCUUGUUUAUGUUUGUUUUUAAGCUUAUGUCUCCCAUAGACAAGGCCCCAGUGAUUACUACAAUUACUACCUGCCAGAUCUUAGGUUGAGGGAGAGAGUUUCGUGUUGCAAAGCUUCGAAAGGAAGGUCACAGGGUACUCAGCCCUGGGGUUUAUCAGGACUGUCUCUCACUAUCCUGGCCCAGCUCCCUCCCUCACUGCCCCCCUUCCCUGAAUUCAAAUGAAUAUUCUCUUUUAAACAAAUAUUUUAAGCAUACUACAUCAAAGCAGUUCUUUGAGCUGAUGCUAAUUCAUAUGUGAAUGCAGAUUUCUUUGCCCAUUUCUAUCCAGCGCCCAAGCUGGCUUCAUAGCUCUAAGUCAUGAUGGAGUCCCCAUAUAGCUCCAUGCUUGGCAUGUGUUUUUACCUCUUCCUGGAAUGCUUUUUUUUUCUCAUCCACUGGGUUAACUCCCACUCAUCUUCAAAAUUUAGCUCCAGCAACACCUUUUUUUUUUAAUCCUACACGUAUGCCCCCUACACAUGCACAUACUCUCUACAUCCUCACAGGCUGAGAUCCUAUUUGUUCAUCCUACCAGCAGCUAUUAGCACUCGAUUUGUGCCUAACACAUAGUAGGCUGCACACACACACACACACACACACACACACACACAGUUUAUAGACUUAAUAAGCAAGUGAAUGGUAAUAAUUCAAGUGUAAUAACUGCAUAAGUAGAGCUGAAUCUGUGCUUGGGGAUCUAAGAGCAGAAAACAGGGAGUGCCUCUCCAUCUUGCUGGAAAAAUUCACUUGCUGAGUGCAAUCACAGCAGCCAAUCACGGCCGAUGUGAUGUUCCUUAACUGUUGCUCUGCUUCUGUGGGAAGUCAGAGCUGUAGCUUUUAAUGAAGACAGCCCAAUUCCCCAGAGGCUAAAGAUCAUGCCAUCGGUUUGUUCUCCUGUAUAUUAAGGCUUUGUGAGCUUUCAGUGAAUAUUAAGCAGUAGCAGGGUGUCCCUCCUGCCUCAUUGCCUUGAGCUGAGGCCAGGAAGACAAUUUUAUUCGUCUUUAGCCUGUCUGCUUCUUAGAAAGUCCUGCAAACCCGCAGUUUGGAUGACUGUGUCUUCCCGGAUGGGCAGGAGUGGAUGGAAGGCGAUGGGGAGGGAGGCCUUCCAGGGCCACGGACGUAAGAUCUGAAACCAGUCUGCAGGUUACUGCGAGGCGACAGACACCUAGAAACAGACUCCGAGGAUGCUGAAUUGAGAGACUGGAGUCCUAAAGCAACAGGCAGAGAACAGCUGGACCGCUUGGGGCUUGGGCUGCCUCAAAGACCUACAGAGGAGCCAUGGGGGUGUUGAUGUCCAAGCGGCAGACAGUAGAGCAGGUGCAGAAGGUGAGCUUGGCUGUGUCAGCCUUCAAGGAUGGGCUACGGGACAGGCCUUCCCUUAGACGUGGGGGUGAGCUACCGGGGUCCCGCCGCGGCACUGUGGAGGGCUCUGUUCAGGAAGUACAGGAAGAAAAAGAAGCGGAGACCAGUGCCCCCAUAGUCCAGGAAGAGAGCAGUAUCAACCGUGCAGCCUGGGAGCGGCUCCGAGAUGGGCGUGGAGUUGAACCCGAGGAGUUUGACAGGACCAGUCGAUUCACACCCCCCGCCUUCAUCCGACCCACCCGGAAGCUGGAUGAUGACAAACCUCCAGAUAUCUGCUUGGAUCCCCGGGAGCCUAUUGUCAACGAUGAGAUGUGUGAUAUCUGCGAGGUCUGGACCGCUGAGAGCCUCUUCCCAUGCAGAGUCUGCACCAGGGUUUUCCACGACGGUUGCCUGCGCCGCAUGGGCUACCUCCGAGGAGACAGUGCAGCAGAGGUGACAGAGAUGGCCCAUACAGAAACAGGCUGGAGCUGCUACUACUGUGACAACCUUAACCUGCUGCUUACGGAGGAGGAGAUGUACAGCCUCACAGAGACCUUCCAGCGGUGUAAAGUCAUCCCUGAUUGCUCCCUGACACUGGAGGACUUCAUACGCUACCGCCACCAAGCAGCAAAGCGAGGGGAUAGCAACAGGGCUCUGAGUGAUGAGCAAGAGGAACAGGCGGCCCGCCAGUUUGCAGCCUUGGACCCUGAACAUCGAGGCCACAUAGAGUGGUCAGACUUCUUGUCCCAUGAAUCUGUUCUACUGCUGCAGCAGCUGCGUCCCCAGAACUCUCUACUGAGGCUCCUCACUGUCAAGGAGAGGGAACGAGCCCGAGCCACCUUCCUGGCACGGGGCAGUGGGAACGCCAUCAGCGAGGCAGAGUGCCACCAGGCCCGGCACUCUUGGUUCUGUAAACGCCUUGCAGAGGCUCCUUCCUGCAGCGUCAGCAUCAGCCAUGUGGGUCCCAUAGCAGACAGCAGCCCAGCCGGCAGCAGCAGCAAGAGUGAAGAUAAGGUCCCACUGUCCACAGAGCAGGAGUCCAGAUGUGUGGACUGGCCCACCUUCCUAAGAGAGAAUGUCAUCUACAUCGUGGCUGCUCGUCCUAACAGUGGAGCGAUUCACCUGAAACCCCCAGGAUAGUGUGGGGCACAGAAGCUCAGUGCUGGGACGCCCCCCCUCCUCCCCUUCCUCUUCCCUCAACCCAUCUCUGGCACUGAGACUCGCGGCAUUGGGGGCUCUGCCAGCAUCUUAAUUUGUCAUUAAGUUUUAUGGCACUGAAGCCACCGUUCUCCUCAAAACAGAGGCAGUGUGCGUUGCCACACCAACAAGCCCUGAGAGCUGUGGCGUCACUUGCUACUGGACCACCUCCUACCCUCACAUUGUAAAGCUACCUGCCACCACAUGCAUACAUAUGUGCACAUGCACAUACAGCCACAUACAUGCCUAGAUACCCAUGCCUUCAAACUCCGGGUUCUUUUUUUUUUUUAUGAAAAAGGACCACAAUCGCUUUGUGAAACCCUGAUGUAGAUGAGAUGGUCCCUCUCGCUCUUUCUAUUGGCCAGCUCUGACCUCCAGUAGAAAGAAAGGGGCAGGUCAGCCUCACUUCCCCUCCAGGAGAUGCCAAGAGGCCCCUGCCCACACUGAACCCCUUCCGUGAUGAGCUACUGUUGCUCGUAAGUGUCUGUGUGUCUCUCAGGUAUGUUGUGGUGGGAGAACAGUUAAAAAACAUCCCUCAAGUUUGUGUUUAAACUCUUAAUUCCUCAUGACAGAAAGGAAACUAGCUUGUGGAUUUCUGACUGGAAAAGGUGGAGACAGCCUCUCCCAGAGACCCAGAAUUCUAGGAACUUUUCAACCAGGUCAUCCAACUUCACAAGCCCUUAGCAGACCAGGAAAACCAAGGUGAGACUCCUGGCCCCUAUUUGUUGAAAGGUACGGUGUGAUCCAAAGCUCUAGGGGCCUGAAUGGAACAGAUACACUGGCAGGAAUCACACCCCUCUGUGGGAGAGGCUUCAACCUGGCUGCCACGGUCAAUGGGGCUACAGUCUCAUGGGAGAGAAGAGCAAAGUAGGCUUCUCCUGCUUCCCAACCCAGCUGCACCACAAGCACAGAAAUGUGGUGUUAUACGGAGGGCAAGCCAGCCUCGUACACAGACUGAAGGAGCACUACAGAAUCCCUAAGCAGUCAUGCUGAAACAGAAAAGAAGACACCACCAAGACUUGAGAAGAUUUGUAUCUCAACCAUCAAGAAGUCCUAGUCAGCGUCCUAAGGGGAAGUCUGUCCUUCUCCCUGUCAUGGAGAUGUAGCCUCCGCUGCUGCUUCUCCCUGCUGCUCAUUUCCUGUCUUACCAUCCAUGCUAGGAACUGGAGCUAGCCUGAGAGGCUUUGUGGGCAAGCAGAGAGUGUCAUAGGUGCACCAAGCUUGGCCUGCAAGCUUUGCCCAGCCCCAUAACCAGCUCUGAAGCUCUCAAGUCAGUACAUGGUGUGGGUCAACCCUUAGACCUAGGGUCCAGGUUCUGGACAUCUGCUUUCAUCCUGAUGACUUAGGUAUGGCCAGUUCUGAUGAGGGCUUCUUCGAGCCAUGCAGAGACUUGCAUUGUCUCCACUGCUGAAAGCACUUUUACUGGAGUGGAAGGUUACAGAAGAAUGAGCAAGCAUGUCCCUCAGUGUGGAGAUGCUCAGGCAGAGUGGGGUCUGCAGCCAGGGCCUUCCCGGAGCCCUGGGUGGUCUCUUCUGGAGGAACUGCCUGUCCAGGAAGCAGGGUGGGAAACUGCUGGAGACAGAUUAUUUAGAACUGAGGGACACAGAUAGGGGAUACAUGUGGGUUCAUUCUGAAACCCACAGCUUUAAAAAGCUACUACCUAAAGCUGGACAUGGUGGUACAUACCCUUAAUCCCAGCACUCAGGGCACAGAGGCAGGUGGGUCUCUAUGACUUGAAGGCCAGCUUGUUCUAAAUAGUAAGUUACACUAAAUUGUAGUUACUUGGUAACUGCAAUGAAAACUACUCAGCCGCGUUCGCAGGACUGACCAGUAAGAGGGCCCAUUAUUCAAUCUAGUCAAAAAAGAAAGCCAACAACAAAAAACAAAGCACAAAGCUACUAGGCUUGAGGACUAUGUCUGUAGCAGCCAGGCCUGUUUUCCGUUGAGAAGAUUAAAGCAUGUUAAACACAAGAUCUCUUGCUCACUCUCCUGGUGAGUCACCAUCUGUCCCUGUGGCUGCUGCACCUCACAAGACAUUUUGAGCAGAGCUCAUCCCUGGGCUUUGGGAACUGAACAGCGCUUGGCUACCACUCCCCAGCCAUGGAUACUGGGAAUCCAUCUUGCUCCAUGGUCCUCUACAGAUAAAGAUGAUGCUUGCCACUUUGGAGCUGGGGGGUGUUUGUUUGUUUGUUUUGAGUUUCUUGCCCCUACAGUUGAACGGCAGAAGACCACAGGCCACAUCAAGAUGCCUGACUCCCAAAACUUGCAAAGCCAGACCCACAGCUCAUCCACAGUAGGACCAGACCUACUUGGGAUCACCUCCCUAUUCAGGAGAGUAGUUUCCCUGGGUGGGGGCCUGGUGCAGAAGGCCCCAGCAAAGAAUGGAGGUCCCAAUCCAUGACAACCCUGAGAAGCAGAGGAGCCCACACGGCUACUGGCCUUUCCCACAAGCAUCUAGUGUUGCACCAAAGGGAGGGUUACUGCUCCCUAGUCCGUUGCUACAGAAGCCACCCCAGCAUCCACUCCAGUGUCCACAAUCUCCCUAUGGGGUGGCCUCCCAGAGCCCCGUGCAGUGUAUACAGAGUGCACUUCCAUACCUAGUAGGACUCAGCCCUUUUCAAGCCUUCCUAUCACUGUGACUGUCUGAAAUUCUGCCAAGUGCAAAAAGUAAUGUCUGGCUCUGAUGAGGGUAUGAGAAAAUGUUUCAGUCUUUUCUGUCUUGGCUGCCAACAAUUAAGAUCGAUGCUUUUCCCAAACACCAUCCAUCCUGAGCUCCAACCAAGAGAGGCUUGAGUUACACAUAUGCCUCUCCAAAGAUUGCUUGCCCCAAGCCUGGUUUUCCUCCAGUAGGUCUCAUCCAUGUAUUCAGAAUUAAAUGAAGGGCCAUAGGGAUGACCCAGCAGAACUGCAGGGCCAGAGUUCCAGAGAGUGGCUUAGCUCUGCACAACCUCUCCAGGUCUGUUCCUUGGCCUCCUCCCCUGAGGCAGUGGCCCCUAUGGUAUCCCAGGGAUGGAGCAGUGUCCUUAUUCUUAGGUACUGAUCCAACUCAAGUGCUCUUCCUCCAAGGAUAGCUGCAGCAGAAGCCAUGAAUACAUUGCCUCUUUCUACCCCCAGCCCAAGCAAUGGGCUGGGAGGGUAGACACUUGCCUUUCUGGCCCUAGUGCUCCCUAUGGGAGAUCACCUGGACCUUAUUUAAGUGGCCAAGUCUUGGAGUUCCCCAUUCCUAUCACCAAAACAGAAAACACAGGAUUCAACUGCCUGAAAAGCGGGCACUUCACAGGGAAAUGAAUACCAAGGCUGCCCCAUGCCUUAACCAAAAGCACAAUUACUGUAGGCAUCACAGCUUCCUACAGUGCAGAGAGCUCUCAGUUACGAAAAGGCUCUGCCCCUCCAGCCAUGACUACCCAAGAGAAACAAAGCUUGAACUGGAAACAGGCUCUGGUAUUGGUAUUCCAAGACUCCUUCCAACCAGCAGAGUAAAGGCACAUAUGCAAUCAUGCACUACAUAUAUAGAGAGACACAAGCAUAGCAUAUAGGGUUGUUCAUGGCUCAGAGCAUGGAGAACAAGGCCAGGUCUUGUCUGGAACAGUGAUAAAGAAGCCCAAUUCCAUUCUGGAAAUCCAUCCUGAGAACUGUCAUUAGGCAGCUCCUUAGUGCAAGCAUCCAAUAGUGCUCUUACACAAACCACGACAGCUAUCACCAGGCAAUAUAAUCUAAGGGACCACCAUUGUCCAUGCCAUCUGUUGUUGGUCGAAAUGUCACUAUGUGGCACAUGACUAUUCUGUACUUGGCACUAAAAGGCGAAACAACCUUGAUGCCAGAAUUUCAGAACACCCUGGCAGCACCUGUAACCAUGGCCCCCUAUUAACCUGCCAUUUACAGUGGUGUCAAAUCACCACAUCCCCCUUGCCAUUUUGGGUUUAAUUUGCUCACUGUGUCUCCCCUGGCCCUGGCUAUAUCCCAGACAAUGGAGAUCUUAGGUGAACAUGAUUAGUGUAAGGCUGUUCCCACGGAUCAGCCCUGGAAUCCGGUGGAGCCGAGCAUUCCUCCUGGUGUUGCUUUUUGCCACUGUUUUUGGCAACCUUGAAAAAAAACAAUAGGUUACAGAAUUCCCACUAGACCAACACUAAAGAAAAGCUGUUCCCUCUGGGCUGCAUGCACUAAUAACCCAGAGCACAGGGAAGAGGGUCAGGUCUUAUCUGGACCAUUGAGUAAGAAGCCCAGUUCCAGUCCAGUUUGGAGUGAAAAGGGUUGGCCUCUCCAUAUCCAUAAUCAGCAAAGGCCAUCAAGUUUAGCCUCCAACCAUUAAGGAAUAUUGUGAUCUGUUUCCAGCCAAACAGGUUGGGAGGGAGGCCCCGAGACCCUUCAGUGACUGAGGACCCAAGGCCCUCUGGUUCCUCAUGCCCUUCCAUGCACUUUUCUGCUGAAGGUAACUUGACAGUAAUUAGAGGGGACCAACCCCAAGCCCUGUCUUCCUAUCUACCGCUGCAUGCUCCUCCCUGUGACUCAGUCUUCACAGUACUCCAAGCAGGAGCUCCCAGAGGCUGGGCACUGCAGAAACCAUAAUAAAGAGAUUGUCAUGCU